AUGGAUCAUAAAAAUGGAUCUGUUGUGACUGAAUUCAUUUUAGUAGGAUUUUCUGGAGGAUGGGAGCUUCAAAUUUUCUUCUUUGUGAUAUUUUUCUUGAUCUACAGUGCUACUGUGGUGGGAAACAUUCUUGUUAUAUUUACAGUGACAUUUAGUUCCAUUCUUCAUUCUCCCAUGUACUUCCUUCUUGGAAACCUCUCCUUUUUGGACAUGUGUCUCUCCAGUGCCACAACACCCAAGAUAAUCAUAGACUUGCUUACUGAACACAAGACCAUUUCCAUAUGGGGCUGCAUGGCACAGAUGUUCUUUAUGCACUUUUUUGGGGGUGCUGAGAUGACUCUUUUGAUAGUCAUGGCCUUUGACAGGUAUGUGGCCAUUUGUAAACCACUGCACUACAAGACAAUCAUGAACCACAGGUUGUUGAAUAGGUUUGUGAUACUCUCAUGGAUAAUUGGCUUCAUACACACCAUCAGCCAGAUGGUAUUAACAGUGAACUUGCCUUUCUUUGGCCACAAUAUCAUAGACAAUAUAUUUUGUGACCUUCCCCUGGUGAUCAGACUUGCUUGUGUUGAAACAAGUCUGGAAUUAUUUGUCGUUGCUGAUAGUGGGCUGCUUUCUUUUGUCUGUUUCAUCUUCUUGAUUGCCUCCUACACUUUCAUCCUGGUCACUGUACACCAAAGAUCACCUGCAAGGCUCUCCAAGGCCCUGUCCACAUUAUCUGCCCACAUCAUUGUUGUCACUUUGUUUUUUGGACCCUGUAUAUUUAUCUAUGCUUGGCCAUUCAGUAGUUUUGCAAGCAAUAAAACCCUUGCUGUAUUUUACACUGUUAUCACACCUUUACUGAAUCCCAUUAUUUACACUUUGAGAAAUCAGAAAAUGCAAGAGGCCAUGAGAAAAUUACAUUUUCAGCAUUUUAGCUCCACACAGAACUUCUAG